AUGAAUAAUAUGAUACUGAGAGGUGAAUUGGCAGAUUACCUCACAACAAAGGAGUACGUGAAGCCUCGGGAGGUCAACCCUCAGAAAGUCGAAGGUAAUCAAGUGAAGGUCAUCCAUGCAAUACAUGGAAGAUCGGAGGAUGAUCAAGAGUCAGAGGAGGUUUAUAGGUCCCGACUGAGAACAACCCAUAAGCUGAGGCUAUCCUCGGUAAAUGUUAUUGCUUCGGGAAGCGUCAACAUUGGGUUCGGCAAUGGAGAUCUAUCUAGAGUUCAACUCCCCCACGAGGAUUCGUUGGUCAUCAAUCUCUUGGUGGCGAAUUGCAUGAUUAAGAGGGUUUUGAUAGACCCAGGGAGCAGUGCCAACAUCAUCACAAAGGCGGUCUUUGAGCAACUAGAGAUUCUGUCAUCAUCAAUUCGGCCCACCUCCAGCCCAUUGAUGGGGUUCGAUGGUACAAAGGUGGACCCCUUGGGAAAGAGGUUGGAUCCACCGAAUGAACGGGGUUUCAUCUACCCUUCAUCAGGUGAUGCGAUACUUGUCUCCGGAUGGUAG